ACGUAAAAUUGUUACCGUGGAAUUCUGUGCAUAAAUAACUAGAUUUAUUGAUGCUUCGGCGUUUAAACAGAUUAUGGUAAUUUAUGGUUGAGUACAAUGGCAGGACAAUUACAAGAUAGGUACAUAAAAAUAUGAUCGUAAAAUGAAAUGUCGGAAGGAAACUUUCUAGGCGUUUAUUGCGCAAAUAUUUCACUGUUAACGUUGUUUUCGGAUACUGUAGCAGGCAAUUUAUCAUCAAGCAGACUUUUGUUACAAAUAUCUACUAAAAGACUUAUUUUUUCCCAAUGUUUUAAAAACUAAGGUGACGUGCCGUUUUGCAAAGGCGAUAAGCCUUUAUUGUUAAAGAACCUUUGUGGAUACUAUUACAGGUUACACGUAUGACAUUCUGUUCACCUACGUGUUGACAUUGGUAUCAAUUACUACGGUAAAGUAAAAGUCUGUCUGGUGUAAACCACUUCACUUGUAUUGUACUUCAUUGGUGUGAUUUAGAUGGCAACCUCGCAUGAUGCAGCAAACUGAAUGACUCUCACUUGCGUGAACAUUGACUAUUUAUUACAGUUUUUAUUACGUCUGUAGCUAUCGUCUCAAGCUGAAGGGGUUUCGUAAACAUUUCUAACGAUUGGACAUCUGAGAUCAUUUGUGAGAGAUAUCCGUCGGACGGCACAGAUGUAUCGUAGUAACUAUGCAGCCUUGCAUUUAUAACUAUAAAAAUAACUAGAAACUAGCCAGCAGAUGUGCUAUGUAGAGCCAGAAUGUUAAACAAUAGGUAUCUAUGUAUAUGUUUACUGGUCUAUAUUACGUAAAGUGGACGUAAAGUUGGUAUUCAGAUAUGACGAUGUCGUGCAGUUGGUUUGUCCUAUUUAGCCACUCCCGGGACACUUCCAACACGGUACAAACCGGGAUGACUCAUUAAAUGUUGGCCACAGUUUUAUCUUCGGGGAAUUUCUCCUUUGUUACACACGCUAGCGUUUUGGCUACUAGUCAAAUAUCUGACGAAAAAAACUGUAAGUGCUCCAUACGUACUUUAAAAGGGAAAGAUUAAAACUGAAAGGCAUUUGUGACACCAAUCUCUUCGAGUAGUGUUGUAAACACGUAAACUGAAUGUUAUUAUUUUCCACAAUCGCCAUAAUAUGCAAUCAACACGGUUUUAAUACAAUCCAACAGUGGGGUGGGAGCCUGAAAUUGGAUGUGAUAAAAUGGAACACAAUUUAUUUGUUUUAGCAGUCAGUACAUAUCGUUAGCUAAUCCAUAUUAAAUUAGUUACAUCAUUAAUUUCACAAUGAUCUGCACUCACAGGUAUAAUUAGUACAUCGUUUUGCUACAUUGUAAAUUACUUUAAGUAAUUUAUUUAAUUUCGAGUACAAUGACUCACAUUAUUAAUAUUACACUACGUCGGGUCGGUAGGCUGACAAGUAAAUAAAUGUACGAAUGACAUGAGUGACGUAUUCAAUAAUUAGCUCCAAGCUAUGUACAUAACUGGUUUUAAAGAUAAAACCAGGUUUCCUCGUCAGUGUUACACGACCGGACAAAGGCAGGAUCUAGAUAAUUAGUUGCGGACAAAAAUAGUCGUCGCAGUCGGGCCCUGGGCCAGGUGACGUCAGCGCGCCAGGGCCGGCGGCGGGGCAAGACGGGCCCCGCGCCAGUGUCGCGCGCGCCGUCAGCCCGCUCGCACGCCACCUAACGAGCCUGAGUCAGCUGCCACCAGCCGCCGCUCCGCUGCCGCCUGCCGUCUACCGCCUGCUCGCCUCCACCGACCCCCCUCCCGGCUGCCUACGCGAUCCUGAACCGCACACUCACUUGGUGCAAUGGUCAGAAGAUACGAAAGAAUGAGCGGACGCCAGUCCUGGAACGAAGAUGAUAUGGCGAAGGCUGUAGCCGCUGUGGUGUCAGGUAAGAUGGGAUACAAACUGGCUGCCAGGACAUUUCACAUACCUCGCUCCACUCUGCAAAGGCGUGCCAGCAAGAUAAGGUACCAGCAGCCUGACGAUCCAAAGCCUUUAAUGGGACAUUACCGAAGAGUCUUCACAGAUAGUCAAGAAAAAGACUUGGUUGGAUACAUCAAGAGUAUGGAAAAGUAUUUCAUGGGUGUCUCCAGGAGGGACAUUCGGGAAUUAGCGUAUCAGUAUGCAGAAGACAACAAUCUGAAUCACCCAUUCGAUGCCAACACUAGAAUGGCAGGCGAAGACUGGGUAAGGAAUUUUCUGAAAAGAAAUCCAGAAUUGCUAGACAAGUCAGAUCACGAAUGUGGCUUGGAGCCCGUGAACUUUGAUCAGUUCUACCACUUUAUGUGUCCGUUGUCAUGAUGAAACGUCUCUUAGUACGAUAAAACUAAAACUAGUUGUAAGUAAAAAGGUCAAGUUCGCCCCCGAGAGAGCCUCAAUAUUAAUGUAUGAUAUAUUAUGUGAAUCCAACCUGUGUAUACUACGAGCCCACUCUUGCAAUCAAUAUUAUGAAUAUGUUGGACACGGUUGCUCAACAACACACAUUCGUAUUCAAAAAAUGCUAACCACAUCAAGACUUAAGGCGUUUUGUACCCACAAGUUGGAACAUAAAGUACAGUAAGACUUUUUGGAAACGUUUUAAUAUUUAUAACAAAACUGUAGCAAAAUUAUCUAGUUAAAGUUAAAAGAGCCAAGCUCACAAAAGCGAUGUUACCUUUGAUAUUUUUCUUUAUUCGGUUAGAUAAUAUAAUUUUGUUAAUAUUCGGGGCCGUGCCGCGGGGUGCGGGCAGAGGCUAUGCCCUCGCACCGACGCCAGAGUCGCGGUCCUGCACUUAUUAAGUACUUACGAAGUCUAUAGUUGUAUCUGAUUUAUAGUUUAAAUUUUGUUAUUUAAUGGUACUAAAAUAUAACUUGCUAAAUUAAGGGCUGUGAUAACAGAGAAAGGUGUAUUUUUAUGGAACAUAUCUAUUGAGGUGAUGUAUCUAUUUACAAAGAAGGUUUCUGAUAUUUAAAUUUAAUAAUGCUUAUUACAAUUGUUUACUAUAAAUGCUGAGUAUAAGUAGUAGAACUAGUAAAAUGUUCCGUAACAUUAUUUGUGCCGGCAAGGUGCAACGCAGCGGUGCUCUGAUUAGCAAUAUUUCCUUUGUGUGCAAUAUUUCUACUGACUACUUUAUAGGCAUAUAAACCUAUGCUUCACAUCACAAGAAGAGUUUAAUAACUAGUUUCAGCGUACUUAAAGCAACGCAUGCAUAAAUUACGAUUUACGCACACCUGUGUGCACAUUUGUGCAUGUUAGCACUAACGAACGAAGAGGUUCACUUAACUAGUAACUAGGCAGUAUGUGAAAAAAAAACGAAUAUAAAGAUAUUAUAAUUGUAUGUAGUUAACGAUGAAUAUAAAUACAAAAUCAAAUUUAUUCAUUAAUCAUAAUAAGACCACAAACCAUGUCAUUCCAGUCUAUUAUAUUCUAUACUGACAUAUUUUAUUAUAUUCGUUAACAGCCGGGACCUGGAAAUAGAGUCAAUAAAUCAUUAAACACACGCAAAUAAAUCCGCGUAUGUGGCAAAAUAUAUUCCCAUUAGCAGAGUUUGGCGCAGCGCACAGUUUGCCAGUUACGGAACAUUUACCCCUAAUGAAUGCUGAUAACGAACGCGUCAGCAUUGCUAGCUCAAUCCGGCACACCACUACUACUCAGCGCUGCUUGACGCGCCCGGUAACCACUACCGACGUCAUUUACAUUUUUAUAUAAGCACUUUAUAUUCGUGGUAUAGGGAUGGGAUGGUGAUAUUUGUGGGAUUUCGGCUUAUCUAAUUUAUUAUUUCGCCCCUAGUGAAAUUAUUAUACUCGUGUUUCGUCCAAAUCAAUGCUAUUUUUCUAUCGUUACUAUUUAAUCCCACUGUACCAAAUUAGUUAUAUUAUUAUCGUUACCUGAUUCAAGUUUUGAUCUCUUUAACUUAGUUCAAAAUAGCAAAUUGUAUAUUUAUUUAGAUCUCGAAAUAAAUGUUGUUGGUUUUAAAGAAAAUUUAAACGUUUGAAAAACACUACCUAUUUGCCAAACUAUGUUGUUAUUUUGAGAUUUAUUUUUAAUUAAUAUAAUAAUAAUAUAUUCCUGUACUUAGUUUAAAAAAAUGUGAUUAUAAAUUCAAAUAUUUAAUAAAGAAAAAUUUAAGUACCUAUCUA